GGCGCCUAGAGGAGGAGGUGAGACGACUCUGGGUCCGGGGGAUCGCCGGACGCUGAGGGAGAGCUGGGGCUGAGACCACAUCAGGUUUGAGUACCAGUGUUUCCCACGCUCCAUACUGAGAUUCUGUAUGAUCUCUCCAGGAGUUCCUGUGAGAUCUUGGGAGUUCAACACUCAUCUGGCCCCCAUCACUCCCUGAACCAGUGUGACUGGAGUGGACGGAAAGUAAGCAGCCUGCUUCCUGACCCAGCAUCAAGAUGUCUGCCUUUGGACACACAUUUCCCCUCUAUGCUGGCCCCAAACUCAUCUUCCCCAUGGACACCACCUCAGCAGUCAUUAUUAUAGUCUUCUUAACUUUAUUGGUCACUUUCAUGGCUAUCCUGCCCGGUAUCCGAGGCAAGACGAGGCUGUUCUGGCUGCUUCGGGUGGUAACCAGCCUAUUCAUUGGAGCUGCCACUUUGGCAGUGAACUUCAGUGGGGAGUGGUCUGUGGGCUGGAUCAACACCAAUACUACAUAUAAGGCUUUCAGCCCUGUAAGAAUCAAUGCAGAAGUAGGGUUGCAAAUUGGUCUUCGAGGGAUCAAUAUCACUCUUACAGGGAUACCAGUACAGCAGCUGAAUGAGACCAUUGACUACAAUGAGCAGUUCACAUGGUACUUUGGACGGAAUUAUGCUGAGGAGUAUAUAGAAGCCCUAGAGAAAGGAGUGCCUGACCCAGUGCUCUACCUGGCAGAGAAAUUUGCUCCAAACAGUCCCUGUGGUCUGCAUCGACAAUACCGCCUGGCUGGACACUAUGCUUCUGCUAUACUCUGGGUAGCGUUCCUCUGCUGGCUGUUAUCAAAUGUGCUGUUCUCCAUGCCUGCAUUAAUUUAUGGUGGAUACAUGCUCCUGGCCUCAGGAGUGUUCCUCAUCCUUUCAUUAAUCUUCUUCUCCACGGCCAUCACACUGACCCCAAAGUGCCCAUUCCACCUGGGCUCUGUCUCCCUGAACACUCAAUAUGGACUUGCCUCCUGGAUCACACUGGCUACUGGACUGCUCUGUAUUGUGCUGGGCCUAGCUGUGAUGGUAAUGCACAGGAUACAACCAGACAGGCUGAAGAUUUUCUUCAACCAAAAUGGGAUUGAGAAAACUAAAAAGAUGGCAGGUCCAGAGGAAGGGGGACUCCUGAGUCCACGAUACAGGUCUAUUGUAGAAAGCCCCCAGGACCAAGAUAUAACUCUAUCAGAGUCUCCUACUGAGGAGUCCCCUAUGGAGAAGCCUAUCAGACCGCUAGAUGAGCCUCAGAAAGAACCAGAGAGUUCCUUAUAAUAUCCCAUCUUCUAUAUGCUUCUGGAUAUCCCAUCUCUUAGGGGUUUCCAGUUAGCAUAUACUUUUGUCCUCCUAAAUUGCUAUCAUUUAAGGCAUCCUUUCUAGUUCCAAAUCUCAUCCAACUCAAUAAAAUCAUUAUUACCAUUCCAA